AUGGCGCAUUACCAGAGUGAGUACAGCAGAGACAAGACCACUGACGAGUUUGGAAACCCGAUCUGCGGGACUGAAGACCCGGUUCACCACGGUGUAACUGAAGCAACCGGCGGGUACGGCACUCAUGACACUAGAUCGAACAAGUCUGAGGAUGAUGGGUACGGCGGGAGGAGGAAGAAGAAGGGUUUGAAGGAGAAUAUAAGGAGAAGCUGCCAGGCAGCAACAGUGACCAUAGCGGCACAACUAAUACGCCACCGUUUGAUACCAGAGCCCAUGAGAAGAAGGGCAUGA